AUGCAACGACAUUGGCUUUAUUUACAUAAAAAAUCGGCCUAUCACAGUUCAAACUCUCGACAACUACAAGAUCCUCCACCAUUAGACAUUACUCUGGCAAAACAUGUUUUGAAUGUCAUGUUACGGUUCAUGUUUUACUCGUCUGAUCCUUCCAAAGAACGUACCACUUUUUUUACUCAUUUUCCUCACCUUCAAUCAGAUGCUGAUUUUAUGCAAGGCAACUACUCGAACUACUGUCUAUUUAUGAGUCGAUUAAACAAUGACGAUACUUUGCACAAUAUUUACGACAAAUCAUGCCGAGUCAUUUAUUAUAUUAGUGCUAGCAAUUGGGCAUUGAUUUUCUCCAAAAUCAAAUCUUAUAUCCUACAUCUGUCUACAACAUCUGAAGAAACACCUGAUACAUUGAUCCUACGGCUAUUAGAAUACUCUUCUCUGAAUGCAAGACGAUUAUCCAUGGUAUUGGCCGAAUUACAGCUCAGCUUUUUACAUUUCAAGAAAAACACCCAACUUAACUUGGCUGUGUCUUUACGACGGGGUAUUUGGAAUUGGAUUGAAGCUUAUCCUACCGAAUUCGAAGAUUAUCAAUUAUCUCAUAGACGAUUGGAAGGAAGUCCUGAAAUACUCUUUGAUAUGUGCAAUUCUUUGGCCGAUACAACAAGAAAAAAGACUUAUUUUUGGCCUCUUCAAACCAUGCUCAUGAUCCUUUGUCCUGAAAUUUUAAUGACUCUUACCAUGGAAUUGAGUUCAAGUAAUCUAUCGAAAAAGGGACAAUUUCUUAUUGCACUUCAAAAAACCAUUAAGGGUGAUCGUAUGCCUGAAGUAUCUGUCAUUUGUUAUACUGACAUUUGUUUAUUGGCUGGAAGAUUAGCUCGUGAUAGUGGCGCUGCUCUUUGGAACUUGGUACCCGAUGUGAUGGAUGAUUUACAAAAUUGGAUAUUAGACCCUCUUCGACCUUUUUCUCAUGGUAGUGAUAUGUUGAAUGCUGGUAUUGUCCUGGACCGUCUUAUCCUGGUGCGUGAUGCUGAUUACUCUCUUAUACGGUUAUCUCAUCAAUUUAUGCUCAAAAGCACUCAUGUCUAUUAUUCUGGUAGUGACUGUCCUCUUAUGUUAAAAGCAAGUAAACUCAAGGUCGGUGCACUCAUGGAAAGUGAAAAUCCUCCAUUUGUCCAGAUACCAGUGGAUAUACAUGGAGCUAUUGGUAACCGUACUAGGCAUCUCUUUUUUUGGCUCACAAGUCUCCAUAAAGAACGACUCUCGAAACCCAACAGCAAGAGAAAUACCGCCAGCGGCAGCAGCAACAACAACAACAACAGCAACAACUUGGCAGCAAUAACAAUCAAACCAAAACCGACAAAAUCAUAUUCCUUCAGCGGCAAUAGUACCAAAAAAGCCAAUAUCAAUCCAUUUGACAAUGAAGGUGUAGAUAUUGAUGAUAUGAUCUUUGAUGUUCUCACCAUUAUCAACGCUCGAUCAGAACAUCUCUUCUACGAACCCUCUCAUGCUGGCAAUUCGGAAGAAAUCGCUAGAGUCAUUACAACAACCGCCAGCUACUUGAAUGAUCCAUCACAAAAACUUGCCGACAUUGCUUCUUCCUGUUUAUAUUCUCUACAUCAAUCCGAAACCAUCAUGAUGUGGGCCGAUACUUCCAACUUUUUGAUAGCUUAUUGGCAAGUCUCCUCUCAGGUGCUCCGUGUACUGGCUCAAACUAUGCUACAUCAUCAUCCUGGAAGAGGAUUAAGUUUGAAAUCACUUUUGAAUCUUCUCAAGCAACUAUUAACAGCAAGAAUCUCCUUUUUGAAUACAUAUCAGAAUGUAGCACCAACGGAAGAAUUUAUGAGAAUGUGGAUCCAAACAUCUAUUGAUCUUGAAAUGGCACUGUUGGUACUUUUAUGCUCCAUGGAUGAUUUUAUAUAUGCAAGAGUGACGGAAUGCAUUGGAAUUUUAUGUGAAGAAUAUCAACUUAUUGAGGCUAUCACAGAUCCUCGAUUAUUGGUAUGUACCAUGUACGAAAAUUUGGGCGCGUAUUUGGAAUUCACUGGACAAGCUGAUACGGUACCUGGCGGACGGAAAUUACAUCAAAGGCGACUCUGGCGAAUUUUGCGACAAAUGACACGGUGUACUCCUGGAAAUGUUAAAGCCUGGGAAGAAGUUUGGAAACGAUGUAAGGUGAUGACGGCUCGGAUCAUAUGUUUUGAAACGAAUAAAGAAACAACCAACAGAAAUAUCAACAUGGAUGGAAAAAGAGGAUCCUACAAUGAAUUUGGUCGAGUUAGCAACAAUACAACAAUGAUGACAAUGCUUUAUAGUGAUACAAGUGGCUCAACUGCGAGUAGUGGCGCGGGAACAAAUAUCAGUUCAAGUACACCAUCUGAUACAUCUUUGGUUCGACUUGAAGAUGAUCCUGUGGUUGAAUGGGAAUACUAUGCCGGUUUCUUAUCCUCCUUGGGCCAGGUGUGCCUUGCACCUGUUGAUAACGAAAUCCAAGCAGCAGCAAGCUCACCUUCUACUUCUGGAAAACAACAACAACAAACUUCUAGUCAUACUACUUGCCUUCACCCACAACAACAAUCCUCAGCAACUGAUUCUCCAACGACUCAUCAUUCUGAUCAACUACAAAAGGAUGACAUCUUUUUUUCAACAGAAGCGAAAACAGCCAUGGUGGAAGAAUUCGUUGGAAUGAUGAUGGAUCUACUCGUUUGUGAUAGCCUAAUGAUACGGGAACGAGUACGUGAACUUAUCGGAAACAGUACAUCACCAGCGCUUUAUUGGACGAUAUCACGACAAUUUAGGGAAAGAUUGGACCAAUGUUUCGAUCAUGAUAAACCUAUCUGUGAACCAAGACGGAUCUUAUUUGUGGAACAGAUUAUCACAGUCUUUCGAUUCGUGCUUACUGGGGCAGAAUGUGCUGAAGCUAUACUUUCUAUGGACUUUUCCAAACCUAUGAUUCAAUUAUGUACCUUCAUCAGUGCUCUGGAAGACAAUGAUACCUCGAAAAGAAUUAAAAUCAAGAUGUGUCAAUUCUGUGAAUCUCUUUUAUCUCGGAAAAACCAACUUUCCUUUCAAAAGGAUGUCGUGGUACGGUCUCAUCUACUAAAAUGUAUUCGACAAUGGACAAGUGAUUUUAACAUUCAAUCUGAUACACAGCAGUAUUCCUCCAGCUCUUCGAAACCACUUACUUUGGAGGACAACAUACAAGUAGAUCUGGAUAUGGCUUGUCUCAGGACUAUGGUGGUGUUACUCUAUCAACUUCCUUUACAACCUACCGAGCCUACGGAAGAAGUGGAUCUGAUUCAGCGGAAAAGUAAAAUGUUUUACAAGUAUUUUACUUUUUUCCUCAAAUUACUUGCACGAUGCAAAGCUUCAGAAGUAAAUAUAUAUGAUAUACGAAACGAAGCAAUUAGUAUGAAAAGAACCAACAUUAGUACUUUCAAACACAACAUUAUUCUAUGCCUCUCCAAUCUCCUUAGUGCCAAUGUGGAUGUUGGUCUUAAAUAUUCUUUAUCUAUGGGAUAUCAUGAAGAUAUUCAAACACGAUCGGCUUUUAUGCAAGUUCUAACCAAUAUUUUGAAGCAAGGCACCAAGUUUGAAACAUUAGGUGAAUCUGUGAUUUCUGACCGAUAUCAUAAACUUGUGAGCUUAUUAUUCAAGUUUGAUUAUGCGGUUCCAAAAUCAUUAUGUCAAGUCUGUUCUGCUUCGGAAACGGAUGAUGUGGCUACCUCUCUUCUUUCAAGUUUUGCUUCUGUCAAGAAAUCUCUGGUCUUGUUACAGAUGGUGACAGAAAUAGAAGUGGAGAAUACAAUCAAUGAAACGGAUUUAUUUAGGAAAACAAGUAUUGCCACCAAGUGUUUAACAUCGUUUGCCAAGGCAAAUGGAUCCCGUUAUAUCAAUCAAGUACUUAAACCUGUGAUGGAUCAAUUGGUUAGUAGACCGAAACUGGAACAAAAUUUUGAACUGGAUCCAAGCAAUACUGGUCGUGAAUUUGCGCUCAGGAACAAGGACAAUGUGACAUCAGCUACCAAUUUGAUUUUGGAUGCGAUCUGUAACUCUGCUGAUUUAGCUCCUCCCAGUUUUCGAUCAGUGUGCAAGAUGAUUUUGGAAGCUGUGCAACCUCGAUUCCCAGAAUCAAAGUAUACUGCUGUGGGUUCUUUUAUCUUUUUACGAUUCUUCUGUCCUAUCAUUGUCAGUCCUGAAUCAGCUGGGAUUUUGGCACCUGGAGUGAUCACUAGGGAUUUACGACGUGGAUUAUUGAUCAUCGCCAAAGUGAUUCAAAAUAUUGCCAACAACAUCCUCUUUGGUUCCAAAGAAGUCUAUAUGGUUAUACUUAAUGAUUUUGUCACGGAAAACAUGUAUCGGGUGACAAGCUAUUUACGAACCAUGUCAUCGGUGGUUGACAAUGACAACAACAACAACAACAACAACAACAACGCUUCGGAAAAUGAUGUGGGUAUUUCACCUCCUAUGAGUGAUACAGAUUAUCGAUUAUUACACAGUGUGUUGGCUAAAAAUUUUGAAGACAUACAACGUGAUUUGGCGGCAAAGAAGAUUUUGAUGUUCCAAAACCAAGAAUCGAUGGCUGCAUGGAAAGAUUAUAUGGAAGAUUUUAGCAAAGUGCUUGUCCAACUUGGCCCUCCCUCGGAUACAAAGCGAUCGAAUACAAGAUUCAAUUUGCAACAACGACAAGUAUAUUCUAGCGAAGAUCAACAGUAUUCUGCUUUUAUGCGCAAACAUAGCAACACCAACACAAACAUGAUUGCAUCCACCAACAUUUGUUAUUUAGGUGGUCGUUCCAUCUCUGGUCAUAAUAUCAUUUAUUUCAUUUUCAGGCGUCUCAAUGUAAAUGAAAUGGAUAUGGAAUUAGUCAUGCAUUAUAUAUUUCAGAUGCUUGAAAACAUGGGUGCAGAAUCCUUUAUUGUCGUCAUGGAUGUCACUCGAUUUGGAUCUGAAAAUGAAAUACCAAAACAACGAUUCAUUCAAUUCUGUGAAAUGUUUCCAAAAUCAACCUUGGCUAAUCUUCAAAUGAUUAUCUGUUAUAACUCCAAUACAUGCUUUCGAAGGUAUCUCAAAAGGGCCGAUUAUCAAACCACCAAUAAAAUCAUCAAGCGGAUUGUUUUUGCUGUUAGUUUGGAGGAAAUUGCUGAAUACAUUCAUCCUACUGCAUUACAAUUGCCUAAAUCAACAGUGGCUUUGGACAAGGAACCAUCCAAUACUUUUUAUACUGUCUCUCGUGUAUGGCAAUAUAACGUACCAACACCAGUGACAAUCAAGGUCAGCUCUGAAUUUGUACAAGUGAUCUCCAAUCGAAAACAAGAAAUUAUUUUCAACACUUAUGCUUUUACCAACGAUGUUUAUCAUAUAUCCGAAAUACAGAACAUCAGAAAUCCUGGAAUCCGUGGGGAUCAAGUUAAUGAAUUGGCAUUUACAUCUACAGUGGACAAAAUGACAAUUUAUAUUCGAUCACCAAAAGCCGAUCAAUUACUUCAUACUAUUCUAAAUAGUAAACGACGAUAUGAAGCCAUCCGACCAUCCACACUUGCCACUCGGAUCAUUCGACCUAAUGAUGUUCCUGGGAGAUUACUCAAUAUGGCUCUUCUCAACCUUGGAAGCAAUGAUUCACAACUUCGAUUAACUGCUUAUAAUUUACUCUAUACUUUAUGUCGAACUUUCAAUUUUAAUGUGGGAACCAAUUUGAUGGAUGCAAAGGAACUUUGUCUACCUCCAAAUUGCUCCAGAUUCGUGGCAACCAUCAGUGGACGAUUGGCCAGUACAGAAAAACAACUAACUUUGGAAUUUUUGAAUGAAUGUUUUAUUGGUUUUGACAAAUCUACAGAUGAACAACGGUAUCUCUGCUUACAUUAUAUGACACCAUGGAUUCCAAAUCUUGGAGCAACUGCUCAUGGCACUCCUGAAGAUAUCUCUCGAACCAAAGAAGUUUUACGGAUGUUAAUUGGUAUUACAUUGACUCAAAGCAUGCAUGUAUUGAUUCAAACCAAACUAUGGAAAACUUUGGGCAAGGUGGAUGGUGUACGAGAUAUGGCUAUCGAUGCAUCUCUACAAAUUUCAAGAGAACAUGGUCUUGGAUCCAAAGAGGCAGAAGCAAUGGCUGAUACUUGUGUGACAUUAUCCAAUAUUCUAGUACGAAGCAAACUAGUGGCGAUCACUCUACGAUUAUUACAACAAACAACUGAGAAACCGACACAAUCGCUUAUCAAUCAUCCUUUAUGGACAGAGAUAGCCAUCAUGACAAGGUUCAACUUGAUGCUUUCCUUUGACAACUUUGGCCCUCUGAAAAAUUAUAUUCCUGAUAUGCUUCAUAUGAUCACCUUACUUGUUGGUGUGGGCCCUACUCUGAUACGGACAACCAUCCAUGGGAUUUCCAUCAACUUGAUUCAAUCAUUAUGUAUUUUGCCAACUUUACCCGAAGACAGUCGCCAGGAAUUACAACACUUGAUGGGAAAGAUGGGGGAAAAAAGAAUGCAGUUGUUAUUCGGUCUUGUCAAACCACAUGCCAAUGCUUUCACUAUCUCUCAAGAAACACUAUCAGAUCCUCUCACCGAACCCUUUGACCUCAUGGCACUAGAAACAAUCAUCAACACCUUCCUUCGUAUUGUUGAACUGGGUGCACCUACGAUCGAUAUCUCCAAUGCUUGGCGAGCGCGAUGGAUGGGCCAUGUGACAACAGUGGUGUUCCAAGAGAAUCCAGCCAUUCAACCUCGUGCCUUUGUUGCUCUUGGCUGCCUUGGGCGUCAUCAAGUGGAUGAUGAUCUCUUAUUCCAAAUUCUAUGUACACUUCGACGCGCGCUUGAUCCGUUUGAUCCUAAUGAUUCUUGUCUUUUGAAAAGCAUGGUGAUGUGUCUACGCAACGUGGUUGAAAAUCUCUCAUCUGACUCUCGAUACCUUGUUCCUCUCUUCUGGGUAACCCUCUCUAUCUUAUCCAUCAAUCAUCCUGAUGUUUUUUGUAUGGCCACCGAACUUCUCCAAGGCGUAUUACAAGUCAUGAACACCAAUCAUCUGUUUGAUGUGGGCGAGGUGGCAAUGAAAGAAACCCUGUUGGAUGCAAGAAGACCGGUGGCGACGAUUUGUGCUCAAUUGGACCAGGCCAAUGGCGUCAAGUUUGAUACUCAUUUUUCCUUUGCCGUGGUGGGAUUACUGAUGAAAGGUUGGCGUACAAGUCCUCAAGCCAAAGAAGCGGCUUAUCAAUGUCUCUUGUCUUUUCUCAAUUGUUCUACACGCUAUGCAAAAAAUAGUGUUGAUCAUCGUGUAUUGGGUUAUGUGGCAAGUCUGAUCUCUGUGGCAAGAAAGACCCAAUCAAGACAAGAUAUCCUCCGUUUUGCUGGUGUCCAUUAUGAUGCUUAUUGUUCCAAUCGUGAUAGUUUCUUCAAAUCCUAUCAUGAUGAUGAUGUUGAUAAUGUUGAUGAUGAUAAUGGAGAGAACAUGAUGAUUACAUUAUUUGAUAAAUUGGAUAUCCCAGAUAAUGAUACUGCAUUAUUAUUUAUUUCUUGUUUGGCCGCCCAAUUGAAAAGUGUGGAAAGUGAAUCUGAUCGUUUGUUUUUAUAUGAACUUCUCUCCGAAGCAGCUGACACCAUGCCUGAUGUCUUCAGUAUUGUCUAUCCUUCUUUAUUACCUGCCAUGAACAACUUGAUUCGCUCCACUUCCACCUCUGUGCCUUUACUCAACGCUAUCCAAUCUAUCCUGAUGGCCGCCUAUGCUGAUGAUCGUUUCCAGUACCCAAAACAUACCCUUCACGACAGGUUAUGUGAUCUUGGCUUCUCCGCUUUUGAAGAUCCUUUCCGUCCUCUUGCUCCCUCUAGUAUGAUCCAAGUUGCUUCUUUAGUUGGUCAACUCGUUGAUUGGCUUAUCCAGUGA